GCGUCAUUGUUUUGACACAUAGCGCGUACCCAUUGUCGUUUGAACUGAAAAAUAGGUCUUUCAGUAAGGCUUUACUAAAAUCCGCCAGCCUAUUUGCAGUGAUCUUAACAUCAAGGCUACGAGAAUCGAACUCGAUUUGUAAAAAUAUCUAAAGGUGUGCGUCUAGUAUCAUGUCCAGCCGCCAAAGUGUAAAACGGCGACGAACGUCGGAUUACGAGGACGCCGAUUUUUUAACGGAGAAGAAAUCAACGAAACGAUCAAAAAGAACUACGGAAUCUGCCAGUACUAGCAAAAGUAGUAUGUCACCUGAUUCUGGAGAUGACACUGGAGACUGGUCCUCAUAUGAACAAACUCUAAACAGGCCAACAAGGGUACGGAAGAAAUCGGCAAAGCUGCUGGAAGCUGAGAACAUUGAUCAUGAUUUUGAAAAAUGGAAAAGCUCAGUUGCCAGUAGUUUUCCCAGCACUGAUGUAUAUGCAGAAAUUGAUGAAAGAUCAAGCAGUAAAAAAGACAGUAGGUAUAAAUAUUCAGAAGCCAAAAUUCCUGAUGUUAAAAUAACAUUGGGGAAAGAUAGAGAUGAUAAAGGAAGCAAGAAAUCAAAGGAUAAAAAAAAGAGAAGUGACAUUGAAGAGAGUUCGUUUUUGGAAAUGGAUUUUGAGGCUAGGCAUAAGUCCAAGAAAAGUAAGAAGAGUUUGCCAGCUCCGAUUCCUUCUAUUUCUGAAACAAGUUUCACGAGCAAAGAGAAGGAAAGUGGGAUUAAGUUAAAGCUGAUAUUGUCGCCAAAAGAGAAAGAAAAAGCCGAAGCCAUUUAUGAGAUUAGUUCUCCUGAAGCGGAUUUGCCAACAAGUUUGGAGAAGAGAAAAAAGAAAAAGAAAGAAAAAAUGCAAGCGAGAGCAAAGCUGAUUUUUGAGGAAGAUUUUGAUGUGCCGGAGAGUAAAAAGAAGAAGAACAAAAAAAAGAAACGGAGCAGCGAUGAGAGAGAGAUUGCAGAGUUGACUGCAGAAAUUGUUUCUGAUGCUGGUACGAAAGAAAAACUGUUAAAGAAAAAGAAAAAAAAAUCACACUCUGGGCAAGCCUCAAAUGGUUUCACUGAGCCAGAUGUGUUGCUUGAGUCCGAGCUUAUAAUUGAUGAGAAACCCACUAAAGAGAAGAAGAAGAAACAGAAGAAAGAGAAAAAAGAAAAGGAGAAAAAAAAAUCCAAAGACAAAAGCAAGGACAAAGUAAAAAUUAAACUCAAACUUAAUGAGAAAAAUGAUGAUAUGUUUGGUAUUGAUAGUGAAAGUCACUUUGAGAUGGCACAAUCUACGAUGCCAAGUAGUGAACUGUUUCCUAUGGGAUUAAAACCGCUCAGUGGAGAUGACGACACUUUGCAACAUUUGAAACAGCCGAGUACUGCCAAAAAGACCAGUAAACCACUAAAACCUAAGAAAGACAAAAAGGGGAAAAAACUGAAAGGUGACAAGAAAAAAGAUAAAAAGGAGAAAAAAGAAAAGAAACCGCUGUCCGCUUACAUGCUGUGGUGUAAUCAUUAUAGAUCUAAACUCGUGGCUGACAACCCUGGUAUAGACUUCUCCACGAUCAGCAAAAAACUUGGAGCAAUCUGGCACACACUGACGGAGAAAGAAAAAGCAAAAUGGAAGAGGAAGCAGAAAGCGCAGAAAACAAAACACAAAAAUGUUCCGAACCUGUCCAAGAAUCGGCAAGAGUUGAAAGAUAAGGCUGCAAAACAGAGAGGUACAAGUCCAGCCAGAAAGUCUGGCAGUCCAAUGAAGAGCAGUGAUGCUCACACUCAGCCCAUUGAUAUGGCUGCCCAUCUCAAGUUAUUGGGGGAAUCAUUAAGUCUAGUUGGCAACCGACUACAAGAACAUCAGGGUAACAUAGAAGUGCACGGUAGUUUAUCAGUGUUGUUGGAUUCCACACUAUGUGCCAUCACACCACUGGUUGGUUUAACAUCACAAGUUAAAGAAUUAGAUGGAUGUAUUCAGAAAACACAGGUUUCUACUCUUGAUAACAUUGCGUACAUCAUGCCUGGACUGUAGUCAGCAACAUUGGACUAUUCUUCAAACCGAUGUUAGUUACAACUAUCUCGUGAUAAAACUGAUGACAGUGCCAAGAAAGCGAAG